GCCAGCCCCGGCCGCCCCGCAGCGCCGCCCCCGCCCGGGAGGCCCCGCAGCGCGUCCCUUCGGCAGCCCCGGCGGCGGCGGGGGGGGGGCCCGGCCGGGCCGCGGGAGCAUGUCCGGGCCACCGCAGCCGCCCGCAGACCCGGGGAUGGCGGCCACCAGCGCCCCGGCCCGCGCUGGCCUCGUGGCCGCAGCCCUGCCCAGGGCCAGCUGAGGACGAGGCCUCGUCGUCAUUCCCGGCCUCUAUCCUGUUUGGAUCCUCCCUGGCUCCGGGCGAGGCUGCUGCUGCUUUUCCUCGUUGCCGUCAUGAACGGGCUGUCGAUCAGUCAGCUCUGCUGCCUCUUCUGCUGCCCGCCCUGCCCCAGCCGCAUCGCUGCCAAGCUGGCCUUCCUGCCCCCCGAGCCCACCUACGCCGUGGUGCCCGAGCCCGAGGGCAGCGCCAGCACCGGCUCCCUGCGCGGCGCCGCCGCGGGGCGCUGGAAGCUGCACCUGAAGGACCGGGCGGAUUUUCAGUAUUCCCAACGGGAACUGGACAACAUCGAGGUGUUCGUCACCAAGAGCAGCCGAGGGAACCGCGUCGGUUGCAUGUACGUCCGUUGCGUGCCGGGAGCCAGGUACACGGUGCUCUUCUCUCACGGCAACGCCGUGGACCUGGGGCAGAUGAGCAGCUUCUACAUCGGGCUGGGCACCCGAAUCAACUGCAACAUCUUCUCCUACGACUACUCGGGCUAUGGUGUGAGCACGGGGAAGCCCUCGGAGAGGAACCUCUACUGCGACAUCGACGCGGCCUGGCAGGCGCUGCGGACGCGGUAUGGGAUCAGCCCAGAGAACAUCAUUUUGUACGGGCAGAGCAUCGGGACGGUGCCCACGGUGGACCUGGCCUCGCGCUACGAGUGCGCUGCCAUCGUGCUGCACUCCCCCCUCACCUCUGGCAUGAGAGUCGCCUUCCCUGAGACCAAGAAGACCUACUGGUUUGAUGCCUUCCCCAACAUCGAGAAGAUCUCCAAGAUCACCUCUCCUGUCCUGAUCAUCCACGGCACAGAGGACGAGGUCAUUGACUUCUCCCACGGGCUGGCCCUGUUCGAGCGCUGCCCCAAGGCGGUGGAGCCGCUCUGGGUGGACGGGGCCGGGCACAAUGACAUUGAACUCUACAGCCAGUACCUCGAGCGCCUUCGGAAAUUCAUCUCCCAGGAGCUGCCCAGCCAACGCACCUAGCCGGGGGAGGGGGGGGGCAGGCUCGGUUGUCUGCCUGUUUCUCCAGUUCUCCCAGUGCCCUUCUCCCACGUCCUUGCUGCUUGGAGGUGCAACGAGUCCGUACAGCCUCAGCUGCAAGCUCGGGAGAGGGCAGGAUGGAGCAGAUGGAGCCUUUCCCCUUGGACAUGAGCACAACUGGUCCCACUCCUGGUGUCAGCCCUGGCGCUGCUGGCACCACCAGCCUGGCGAGAGAUGGCAGCUCCCUCCUUCCCCCUUCCCAGGACGAUGGGAUCACACCUUCUUGAGGAUGAAUCCUUGGCUCCAGACACCUCCUCAUCCCCUCUCCUAAAGCAGCAAACUCCUGAAUUGCUCCUGGCUGCUCCCACGCUCUGACUAUAGCAAUAAGGCGAGUGGGAGAGGGGUGGGGGGCUCAGCCCCCUCCCCAGCAUUGCUGCCGGAUGGAGGAGGUGGGAAUUCCUGCUCUCGAUGGGAAUUCCCGGGAGCGGUGCCGGUGGUGACAGGGUGCCUGGUCUUCACCCUGCAGCAGGGGCAGAGCCCUGUCCCCGAGGGCAAUUUGGGGAUACUUGGAGGAGGUAGCCCCCCCCCCCCCCAGCCUGGCCCUGCUCUGCCUUCUCAGAGCACCCCCCGUGGGCAGGUCACCCCUGGAAAGCCUCCUCCUCCGUUGUGCUCGCUCGGGAAGUGGGGUGAGGGCACCGGGCACCCAAUAAAGAGCAGAGGUUUCAUGUUUUA